AUGGACGGAGAGGUCCUGCCGGAGGAAGCCGAUGGCCGCCCUUGGGUUGGAGACGAGGUUGAAGCAGGUGACGGUGAGGAAGGCUCCGCAGGUGAGAAGCCUGGCAAGCCAGAGGUGGAGGCGGAAGCCGCUGGCUCACAAGGUGAGAAAGAGGAUGGACCAGUUGAGCCUCCACCGCCAAAGGCGCCCUCGCAGGCUGUGAGCGGGCCGCUCGGGGCGGGAGGGCGGAACGGCGAUGUGCUCCUGCAAAAGCAAAGAAACCGCUGCGUGCAAGACGACCAGAAACCGCCCUGGUCGUGGCCGCCAAGGGCCGCCGGCCGGGUGCUCGCACCAGGCACAGCAUUCGCGAGAAGGGCAGUGCGCUCAUCAAGUUAA